CUACCUAUUGCACAUUCUAGCAAUGUUUGGUAAUUAAAAGAAAAAGGAAAAACAAAGUGGAUUAACCCGAGAAAUAAAAUUAAUGCGUUAUCCCACUCCUGGAAACCAAGUGCGCAGAACCUGCUCAUAAUAUCCAUCACACUUUACCAUCACCAAUCUUGUUCAUCAAAACAAUGGGGACUUCAACCCUAAAUCCCAAUGCUCCGAUCUUCAUUCCCUCAGAAUAUCGUGAAGUGGAGGACUUUUCUGACCACUGGUGGGACCUAGUCCACACUUCUCCAUGGUUCCGACUUUACUGGCUUCGUGAAUGCUUCUCCGAUCCCGACAUCGACACUUAUGAUCCUCUUCUCCCUCAUAUCGAUUUUGUCUCCAACGAUUUCAAGAAAGAUGAGAAUAAGGAGGAGUUGAUCACUUUGGGGGUGUUGAAAUGGAACAAGUCACGAAUUGCUGCUGAAAUUCCAAGGUACGGGAAGCAGGUGCCCAAAAUCGUGAACGUUAAGGUAACGAUGUUGCAAGGCUUCUUCACAUCGGAGAGCAACGUGGUUUCCCAGGAAUGCUAGGUAGUCUAGAUUGCAUGCAUUGGAGAUGGAAAAAUUGUCCAACAGCAUGGGCUGGACAAUAUGCAGGUCGUAGUGGAUCCCCAACAACAAUUCUUGAAGCGGAUCCCCAACAACAAUUCUUGAAGCUGUAGUUGAUUAUGACCUUUGGAUAUGGCAGGCAUAUUUUGGUAUGCCCGGCACCAAUAAUGACAUUAAUGUUUUAGAAUCGUCACAUCUGUUUUCCAAUCUUGCUAAAGGUAUUGCUCCUCUCACCCAUUAUGUUAUUCAAGGAAAUGAAUAUGAUGUGAGUUAUUAUUUAGCUGACUGUAUAUAUCCAAAAUGGUCUACAAUUGUGCAAA